GGGGGAGGGAGAAGGGGGCCGAUAAAGUUUCUGGCUACAAUACAAGAGACGUAUCAUUACCAUAUGAUCUAAUGUGGGUGUCAGCUGGAUGCGCUCACGCAGUGAAACCUUAGUUCUUAACUGUGCUAUGGAGUAGAAGCAGGAGGUUUUCAACCCAGUGACAGUCACAGGGCAGCACCACCCCCUCCUCCUUCUUUCCACACCUGCAAACCCUUUUGCCUGGGCUGCAUAGUUAGUGUUAAUUACAUCGCAGCUUUGAGGGCUCCUGUGGCAAAUACCCGGAUUAAAAGGUCGUGAAAAUACAUGAGAUAAUCAUGAAGGCAACUCUCAUCUUCUUCCUUCUGGCACAAGUCUCUUGGGCUGGACCAUUUGAACAGAGAGGCUUAUUUGACUUCAUGCUAGAAGAUGAGGCUUCUGGCAUAAUCCCUUAUGACCCUGACAAUCCCCUGAUAUCUAUGUGCCCCUACCGAUGCCAGUGUCAUCUUCGAGUGGUGCAGUGUUCUGAUCUGGGUUUGGACAAAGUGCCCUGGGAUUUUCCACCCGACACAACCUUGCUAGACCUGCAAAACAACAAAAUUACAGAGAUCAAAGAAGGGGCCUUCAAGAACCUGAAGGACUUGCAUACCUUGAUCCUUGUCAACAACAAGAUCAGCAAAAUCAGUCCAGAGGCAUUCAAACCUCUCGUGAAGUUGGAAAGGCUUUACCUGUCUAAGAACCAACUAAAGGAACUGCCUGAAAAAAUGCCCAGAACUCUCCAGGAACUUCGUGUCCAUGAGAAUGAGAUCACCAAGCUGCGGAAAUCCGACUUCAAUGGACUGAACAAUGUGCUUGUCAUAGAACUGGGCGGCAACCCACUGAAAAACUCUGGGAUUGAAAACGGAGCCUUCCAGGGACUGAAGAGUCUCUCAUACAUUCGCAUCUCAGACACCAACAUAACUGCGAUCCCUCAAGGUCUGCCUACUUCUCUCACUGAAGUGCAUCUAGAUGGCAACAAGAUCACCAAGGUUGAUGCACCCAGCCUGAAAGGACUGAUUAAUUUGUCUAAACUGGGAUUGAGCUUCAACAGCAUCACCGUUAUGGAGAAUGGCAGUCUGGCCAAUGUUCCUCAUCUGAGGGAACUCCACUUGGACAACAACAAACUCCUCAGGGUGCCUGCUGGGCUGGCACAGCAUAAGUAUAUCCAGGUCGUCUACCUUCACAACAACAACAUCUCCGCAGUUGGGCAAAAUGACUUCUGCCGAGCUGGACACCCCUCUCGAAAGGCUUCCUACUCGGCUGUGAGUCUUUACGGCAACCCUGUCCGGUAUUGGGAAAUCUUUCCAAACACCUUCAGAUGUGUCUAUGUGCGUUCUGCCAUUCAACUUGGAAACUACAAGUAACCCUCAGACGGCCUAAUUCUUAUAAUCUGGAAAAACACCCCAAUAUGUCAAUAUCAUUGCUAAAAAGAAAAAAUACUAAAAAAGAAAGAAAGAAUGCUAGAUUCUGGAAAUUCAAGCACACUGUGCAUGCCUUUUCCACAUGACUUAUUAUGCAAGCUGAAUAUACAGAUUGAAUAAUUGCCUACAAUAAAAAUAUUUUACUUGUAGUAUUCAGAAUCACUUUUAAAGUUGUCUGUAGUUGUGAACUGAGUUAUCAAAGUCUGAUGUAAUCAUAAAUGUCAACCACUUAGUAAAGCGUUAAAAGGAACAGAAUACAAAGUCUCUGUAAUUCAUAGAGCUAAAUUAACUCUUUUGACAUAAAGUCAAAUGCCGCCGAACUCUAGCAAUGUAUUAAUCUCCUUUAUUAUUGGUGAAGCCUUAUUUGAGUAUGUAAGUUCAAUAUGGGCUAUGUAAAAUUUUCACUGUCAUAUUGAAAAAAAUAAAAUUUUAAAAAUGCAUUCAAAAGAUA